GGAAGUCAUGGGGUAAUAUUAAUGUUUUCUUGUUGUAUGACUAUUUAGGUGUGUGUGCAACAAUCUAACGUUUGCUAUAUCAAAUCAUCUUACAGGUUGACAAUCCCCAGGAGCCCCUAAAGGAGAAACUGCAGCAGAUAGCAGCCAGAAUCAUUCAGAAGGCCUGGAGAGGAUAUGUGUACAGAGAGGUCUUCAAGUAUUUCAAAGACCAAAUGAACAGAUGCAACAGUCAGGAUCCACGAACAAUCCUCAAAACGGUCAAUCCUCGGGAGACAGAGUUGCUGGAUGCUGCUGCUGGCGUGUUCGUCAGAUUUCGAUUCGGAGGGAUUACCUUUCCUCCCAACAUCUAUUACAAGAUCUUCACCUAUCGACCUAUCACAGACGUGUGUGCCUACAGCCCGAAGGACUACACCAAGCUGGACCUUAAGAAGUCGGUGUACGGACAGACCAAGACCAUGCAGGAGGACAGAUCAGGAUGGUACCAGCGCAUGGAGAACAACAACUGGAGGCUCUACUGUAGCAAGAUGGUUCCCAUUAGUGAGCCCGAAGAGAUCAGUGCUAAGAAGAAAAUUGACUUUCACUAUUCCAGGUUGAGGCGGCAACAGGAUAUAGACAAGUUCCGGAAGAAGAAGAAAAUUGAAUGGAUGAAGCAAAUGUAUAACCAAGGCCGUCUGCAGACUGAAACGGUGCAUGGACACAUGGAGACGCUGGUGGAGGAUUCAGCAGAGGAAGUGAUGGACUCCAUUGAAGAGAAGGAAGAUGAAGAGCUGUUGGCCUGGGCCAAAGCUCUCAACUUUGACGAGUAUAUGCAGGAGUGGAGCACUUUGGCCUGCAGUUACUUCUCUGAGCCAAGCAGAGAUGUUCAUUCAUAUCCACCCUGGUUAGAUCUCCAUGGGUUGGCUGCUGAGGCUGAUGAAGACAGAAUAAAAUAAUCUAAAUAAGAAAAAAACAUCCCAGUGCUAAUGUGCUAUUUGUGCAGCUCUAUACAUACAUUUUAGCAUUCAAGCAUGAAAAGUCCUCUCCACAGUCCAACGCUACUAUAUCUGGAAGAUGGGACACUAGCUAGCUAGAUUCCUCCCCAGGGCCUGGGUGCAGGACGGUGAUCACUCUCUCCAUGAUCACUGUCUCCAUAAUAAAACAACAUAAACAAAGUUUGGAAAGAAAAGAAGA